CGUUAAGCCAAAAUAUAUUAGUAAUUUUCCAGCUUUGAACUCCAAAACGUUUUGUUUAUUUUACUACUGUUUCCAUUUUUAUCCUUCAUGUUUUCUGGAGCCCAACACUAUUGUUCCUUAUAGCUAAUCACAGUGUUCAAUCUAUCUAUCAAUCACUUUUUAAUUUGCCAAGAUUCCUGUAAGACAGAGUGAGAGUGGGAAAUUAUAAAAGGAAAACUGAAACCUCUCUGAAAUGUAAAUGCAGCACAAGAAAUAUUUACUUUAACCAAAGAAACAAACACAAAUUAUGAAUUACGUAAAUCAUAAAAGCAUAUGACAAAUCCACAUUAUGUCCCAUUCCUCAGUUUCAGUACAAAUAAAUAUGUCAAUUAUAUCAAUUUUUAAAGUGUUAAAAGCUUUUAUUUUAAAAUCAUAGUGUUCAAUCUAUCUAUCAAACACUUUUUAAUUUGCCUAUGAUUCCUGUAAGAGAGAGUGAGAGUGGGAAAUUAUAAAAGGAAAACUGAAACCUCUCUGAAACGUAAACGCAGCACAAGAGAUAUUUACUUUAACCAAAGAAACAAACAAAAAUCAUUAAUUAAAUCAUGUAAGCAUAUAACAAAUCCACAUUACAUGCUCUUCAAAUAACUAUGUCAAAUAUAUCCAUUUUCAAAGUGUUAAAAGUUUGUUUUUAGUUCAGCGCUACUCUCUGGUUAAACAAAUGGUUCAGUAUUUACAUUAUUACUGAUAGUUAAACUAAUAGUUUACUCAUCAUCACCAGAAUACAGUAAAUACUUGCCCACUAUGGAAAAAACUGCUGUGAAAAAAAACAACAACUUCAUCCUCCUACUACACCUACAUGGUUUAUUACAUGUUCAUGUGUGUGUGUGUGUUUGCUUGCAGCCCAUUUUUUGCCGUAAGGAUGUGGUUUACUCAGUGCAACAACUCUAUGCCGGAAACCCCACAGCCUCUAUCACGUCGAGCAAUCCAGUUUUUUUACUUAGUGUGAGUUACUCAGACUCUCUUCAUAACCGUCAGUGUUUCACGUUGUGUUGUUUCUAUUUGUGACCAUGUUCCCCAGGGUAAUCUUGAAGGGGACUAUGAUCAAAAAAUCUCAACAAAAGAAAAGAACGUCACCUUGUAACUAUAAGGAGAGAUUUUUUGUGUUGGACACACAAGACCUGAAGUAUUCUGAACGCCGUCCAGGGAAAAAGCCCAUGAUGAAAGGUUGCAUCGAGCUUUCUAGAAUUAAGUGCGCGGAGAUUGUGUGCAGCGAUGUCCCCAUACCGUGCAGCUACAAGUAUCCUUUUCAGGUCUUUCAUGACAGCCACUACCUUUACAUUUUCGCCCCAGACAAUGAUUGUCGCCAGAGAUGGGUGAGAGCUCUCAAAGAGGAGACCAAGCACAACAAUUUGGUUUCAAAAUACCAUCCAAACUUCUGGAUGGAUGGAAAAUGGAAAUGCUGCCAACAAACAGAGAAACUGGCAGCAGGUUGUCACGUGUAUGAUCCAGAGGGUUAUGCUUCCAAAAAGCCUCUUCCAGAAAUCCCAGAUGCGGAGAUGGCAGUGAAUGAUUUCGGCAAAGGGACGGUCAUCGCUCUGCAAGACUACACACCGCAGGGAGACGAGGACUUGCCUCUCCAGAAAGACCAGGAGUAUAUCCUGAUUAAAAACUCCCACCCUGACUGGUGGGCUGUACAGGAUCACCUCGGGAACAUAGGCUUUGUGCCCAGUACCUAUGUAGUAGAAAAAAACAACUUGAACAGAUUUGAGUGGUACAACAAAAACAUUACCCGCGGAGAAGCAGAGAACUUGUUAAUGAAAGAGGGAAAAGAAGGUGCGUUCAUGGUGCGUGACUCGAGGCAGGCAGGAGUCUACACAGUGUCCGUCUUCACCAAAGCACCAGGGUCUAAUGGGGAAAAGAAUCCAAGGGUGAAACAUUAUCAGAUCAGACAGACAGAAACAGGAGAGAGUGCGUUUUACUUGGCAGAAAAGUACCUGUUCAGCACCAUUCCUGAGCUCAUCCUCUACCAUCAGCACAAUGCAGCAGGCUUGAUAACUCGCCUGAGACACCCUGUCUCUCUAGAUGGCGGCUGCUGUCAGGACACCGGUCCCUCAGACGAUCAAUGGGAGGUUGAGCCUGAAGAGCUGAUCUUGGGUCAGGAGUUGGGCAGCGGUCAGUUUGGACUGGUGCUGGAAGGACAAUGGAGGGGGAGGAAGGUCGCAGUGAAGAUGAUCAGAGAGGAGUGCAUGUCAGACGAGGAGUUCAAAGAAGAGGCGAGAGUCAUGAUGAGAUUGUCACACUGCAAGCUGGUUCAGCUGUACGGCGUGUGCACACAGCGUUCUCCCAUGUGUCUUCUGUUUGAGUUCAUGGAGAACGGCUGUCUGUCAGAGUACCUGAGGAACAGGAAGGGGCAUUUGUCUCAGGACCUGAUGUUGGGGAUGUGUAUGGACGUCAGUGAGGGCAUGGCGUACCUGGAGUCUUCCAAUUUCAUCCACAGAGAUCUGGCGGCGAGGAACUGCCUUGUGACAAAGAACAAUGAAGUGAAGGUGUCUGAUUUUGGCAUGACCAGAUUUGUUCUUGAUGACCAGUACACAAGCUCCCAGUGCUCUAAGUUUCCUGUCAAGUGGUCGGCGCCGGAGGUCAUCAAAUACUGCAAGUUCAGCAGCAAGUCAGACGUCUGGUCAUUUGGUGUGCUCAUGUGGGAGGUUUACAACGAGGGACGUCUUCCCUAUGAGAAUCGCUCCAACACUGAGGUGGUGGAGUCGCUGAACGCAGGCCUGAGGCUCCUGAAGCCUCGAUUGGCCUCUGGUACCGUUUACCUGCUUAUGGAGUGGUGCUGGAAGGAGAAACCCGACGAUCGUCCGUCCUUUGCUCAGCUCCUAGAUGAGCUGGCCUCCCUCGCAAACCUGUGAACCAGAACAAAGUCUGUGGAGGAUGAUUUGACCCAAAAAAGAAGAAGCUUUAUUUAUUUAUUUAAUUUAUGGAUUUUGUAGAGUAUCUAUAGCUUGUCAAUUUAUUUUCAUAUUUGUAUUGCACUUUAUCUUUUUUCUGUCACAGUCCCUGAGAAUUUUAAACUUUAUGUAACAAUAGUCUGAAAAAAAAAGCUCUGUAUAUUAAACAUGUUUAUGUUGUUAAUUAAAGAAAUGAUUAUCAUUAAAUGUUUGACAUUUUCAUAUAUGUUCUUAGCAACAAUGAUGUCUUGUUAGGUAAAAGCAGCUGCUUUUCAGGCUUUGACAUAAUCCGUGCUAUUCAAGAAUGUGACACCAAAUUUAUAUUCUGACCUCUAGUGACCUUUGUGUUAUAAAUGUGGCUGUAAAAAAACUUCUUUUGUUUCCUUGCAAAGAGCAGCAGCUGUCACCAGUUUUAAAUGCAGUGCAGUGAAUUCCAAGUUGUCAUGACAAAAAUAGUGUCCUCUCCAUUGACGGGUCACUAUCUGCCACACUUUAAGUCUCUUGCAAGUGACUGAAUACACACACAGUUUUAUGUAUUUGAAACUAAAGCUCAAGAACCUAAUUAUACAUACAAUGUAUUUGAUUUUGGGAUGUAGCUGGACAUUUGGUGGAGCAUCUGGACCGCCCCGUGCCCGCGUCUAUU